AUGGCAAUUUUUUCUUCUUUUAAUAUAGAUUUAAAGGGUUUAUCAGGCUCACUUGAUAGCCUUGACCCUAAAGGUUCUGUCAAGUAUAGAAGAAAAAAAAACAUACCUGGUGCUGCAUUCUUUGAACAGUAUGGAUUUGGAUGGCUAGUUGAGGAAGAUGGUAGUGAUAAAGAAGAGGAAGACAAACCAUUGCUGGAAGAACUGGAGAUUGACCCCAGAGAUAUCCUCUACAAAGUACGGUGUGUGCUAUGUCCAUUCCCUUUUCUUGGUUACCAAAGGCAACUGGUUCGGGACAGUCCUGACUUCUGGGGACCAUUGUUUGUAGUUAUUGUCUUUGCUCUUGUCUCCUUGUAUGGACAAGCAACAGUAGUAUCAUGGAUUAUGACUCUCUGGGUUUGUGGGUCCCUUCUUGUUUUCCUUCUUGCUAGAGUCUUGGGUGGAGAGGUAAACUAUUCUCAGUGCCUUGGAGUAAUUGGUUAUUCUGUUUUGCCUUUGAUUAUGACAGCAACCACUUUACCACUUUUAAAUCCUUUUCCAUUCAUUAGUCUAUUUGUAAAGUUAAUGGGAGUAGUAUGGGCCACAUACAGUGCAGGCUCUCUUCUAUGUGUGCAAGAACUACAGAACAAAAGACCAUUACUACUGUACCCCAUAUUUCUCCUCUAUGUCUAUUUCUUUUCUCUGUAUUCUGGAGUGUGAUGCUUGGAUAAGAACAUUACUGUUGUAUCCAGUAUUUUGUUUAAGCACAUUUCUAUCUUUUCAGGUGUGUUGCAAUAACAAAAGAGCAAAAACUGCUGUUAUUGUUGCAUUCAUUGUUUUUAUGCUUAUGUGUAUUUCCUUUCUGGUUGUUUUGGAAUUUGGUAAGUGCAAGAACUACAGAACAGUAGUGUUCUCCAAUAAUUUGUGUUUGUCGAUUUAUUUUGGAGUGUGAGUAUGAAGGUACUGUAGAACAAAAUAUCACCACUAUUGUAUCCAGCAUUUCUUCUUUUCUUUUCUGUCUGUUUUGGAGUGUGAUGAUGCUUUUGUUCAGUGGUAUUUAUCAAAACUAACCAGAUAUCAUCGUAUAUUGAAGACAUUCAUGAAAAGUCUUGAAUAAAUCUGUGACUGAAGAUCAUAACUGUUAUCUUACAGGCCAAAGCCUCCAUCAAAAACACAUCUCAUAUAAAGUUUUGUACUAAUAUUAGAAGAUGUUUUGUGAUUUUUAGAUAAACAGAAAAUCUUUUGUGUUUUGUCUAUAUUGUUAAAUUUAUGUAAAAUGUGCAAGGUAUUUAAAGUUGACUAGAAGCAGGAUAUGCUUAAUAGAAAUUAAUAACAAUUUUCUGUAAUUAUUUAAUCUUUGUUACCAAGUGAUGUACAAAAUGUGUAAAUUAUCUAAUAUAUAUCUCAUUUAUAUGCCAAACAGAAUAUUCAUGCAUAGUUUGUUUCUGUGGAAAUUUAAAUAAGAUAUAUAAUAAAUCAUUAUAAAUUUCAGUGCUUCAAAUAUUUUUGCACCUUUUAUUUGAAUUUUCACUUUGGUAUAUGUCAAAGGUGUACAUACUCUACUCUUGAAAUAAAAGUUGAUUUCAAAUUGACUAAAGAUUUUGAAAUUGAAACAUUUAACAUAAAUUCUACACACCCCACAACUAUGAACACAAGUUCAUUCUUAUUGUGUUCUCUAGUUUAAUGUAUAUCAUUGGUAUUUUUCUGGUGAUGGAAAUAUUUAUUAUCACAAUGUAAUAAAGCAUGAAUAUUGUGUUGAGCAAAUGUCUGCCAACUCUUUACGUUUGGAUUAGUCAGGUAUUAAUCAUAUUCUGUAAUAAUUAACAUAAACAGUAAAAAUUAUUGUCUUUAUUAAAUAAAAAUAUAUUUUCAAUUAAAAGAGAAACUAUUUGUUUUACUGUUAUUAUUUCUAAUCAUAAUCUCUUAGAAUUUUUAUUUUAUGCCAGCAUUAGAUUAUUGUGGAUGGUACAGUGCUGGUGAAUGGCUGCAUUCCCUUUGGUCAGUAGUUCAGAAUUAGGGACGAUGGCAUAUAGCCAUAGGUUUGCCAUAAAUACAAAAUAUGGUAAACAAAAUAUAUAGAUUACUUGGGGAAAAUUUGAAUCUAAAAGCAUGAAAUGUAUUUUAUGAAUGUUUAGAGUAGAUAAUAUUAAAAGAAAGCAGAAUUAAUAUGUGUAUUAAUAUGUUAUUCCUAUUCAUUAGUUCUUUAUUCUAAAUUUUUGUUAAAUGAAGCAAAAAUAACGAAUGUAGAUAAUUAAGCUAAAUGUAAUGAGACAUGAGAAAAGAAGAGGUUCAAUGAAACAAGUUGUUUUGUAAGUCUCAAAACUAAGUCUCUUUUAUUAUUAGUUUUCUUAUUGUAGCUUCAGAUGUGUCUUCUUGAUUUAAAAUAAAGAUUUUUUUUCAAAUA